AUGAGUGAGUUAGUAAACGCCCGCAAGCGGUCUGUGACUAUGCGGCAUGAUGGCGACUCGCACGUGAGUGACGAAGGUCGUCGACACAUAGGCUAUUUAUUCCCUGGCGGCGUUGCGAGCGCCACUUCGCGAUCGGUCACCGCUCCAUUGGACCGGCUGAAAGUCUACCUAAUGUCGCAGACAUCUCGCGAAGUCGCCGCAAUUGAAUGCGCGAAACAAGGGUCCUUAUGGAAGGCUGGCAUGAUUUCCUAUAGAAAUAUGAUGAAGGCAUGCGACGGCGUAUGGCAUGUGGGUGGCUUCAAGAGCUUGUGGGCCGGGAACGGCCUCGACGUCGUCAAAAUGUUGCCCGAAGGUGCCAUCAAAUUUGCCAAAAAACUCUUUGCCAGCUGGGAGUGUGUCGAUGGGCCUACAAAGAUAUCGGUCUGGGCACAAACGGCUUCUGGGGGCUUGGGUGGAGUUGCUGCGCAGCUUACUGCUUACCCUAUCGAUACGCUUCGAUUCCGUAUGCAAUGCGAGAUGAGGAAAGGCGGGGAAUAUGGAGCAGAAUUAAUGUGGCGGACGGCAAAGGCCAUGUGGAGAACAGGAGGACUAAGGGCUUAUUUCCGUGGCCUUACUUGGGGCCUCAUUGGACAAUAUCCAUAUUCCGCGAUUGACCUCACUACCUAUGAGUACACUAAGCAAUGGUGGAUACGCAGACACGAAGCUCAAGGGGCUCAGGGCAGGGACGCCUAUCCAAGCUCGGCUAUAACUGCAAUAAUUGGUGGAUUCAGUGGUGCACUAGGGGCUUCUCUAGUCUGGCCUUUGAAUCUUCUGCGCACUCGAUUGCAGACCAGCGGGACCCUACUGCACAAUCAUCAAUAUGACGGCAUCAUUGAUGUAGCGCAGCAAACGAUACGGAAAGAAGGCUACGGUGGUCUAUUCAAAGGCAUGUCGCUAAACUUGAUCAAAGUUGUGCCUUCUGUUGCGAUCACAUACAUAGUCUACGAGCAAAUGAAGCGGGCAUUUGGGCUUCCGUAA